GGUGUAGGGAGGAAGAAAUAAAGUCGGUUGGAAAGUUACAGAUUGAAGAAAUCUACUAUCGCAAAAUUGUGUGGGCUGGUAAAUUAUCGGCAAACCUGAGGCGCCCCACCUUAGGAGGGGCUAAGCCAGGAAUAGUCUAGGUUUGCAGAAAAGCCCCUCACAGGUACGUACCGUUGAACUCAGGACCUUUGGGCAAUUAAGGCGAUUCAAGAACUUGAACAUCUGUCAAAAAAUUUCCACAUAUCAGCUGCAAUUGUUCUAGUUAACGCUUUCAUUGAAAAAGAAGAAGAAGGAGAAGAAGAAACUACGGAGUCCUCUGAUUACUCUUAAGCUCUGCGUUAUAACCACCUAUACUCCUCUUACACACAUAGCUCAGCUGCAAAUGCCCCCCAUACUUUGCGGUAUCUGUAAGACAGAGCGAGCUCUGAUAAAGCGGCCAAAAAACCACCUGAAGCUCUGCAAGGCUUGUUUUAUCCAGGUAUUUGAAGAUGAGGUUCACCAUACCAUAACCUCGUCUCGGUUAUUUUUCCGUGGUGAGAAGGUAGCUAUAGGUGCAUCGGGUGGCAAAGAUUCAACUGUCUUAGCUUCAGUGCUGAAGACUCUGAAUGAGAGAUAUGAUUACGGACUUGAUUUGGUGCUACUGAGUAUCGACGAAGGCAUCAAAGGCUACCGUGACGAUUCACUUGAAACUGUCAAACGAAAUGCAGUACAGUACGACAUGUCUUUGAAAAUCGUUGGCUACGACGAGCUUUAUGGCUGGACUAUGGACCAGGUUGUUGAGACUAUUGGGAAAAAGGGCAAUUGCACGUACUGUGGCGUUUUCCGGCGACAGGCGCUAGAUCGAGGAGCCAAAAUGCUCGGUAUCAAACAUGUUGUCACAGGGCACAAUGCAGACGACGUAGCCGAAACUAUCCUCAUGAACCUGUUACGUGGAGAUUUACCACGUCUGUCACGGAGCACAAGCAUUAUCACAGGUAGCAAUACGAGCGAAGUCAAACGAAGCAAGCCUCUGAAGUACGCGUACGAGAAAGAGAUUGUGUUAUACGCACACCACAAAAAGUUGGAUUAUUUCAGCACAGAAUGCAUAUACAGCCCGGAAGCCUUUCGCGGAAGCGCAAGAAGUCUCAUCAAAAACCUAGAAAGGGUUAGACCUAGCGCCAUUUUAGACGUCGUUCGAAGUGGUGAGGAUAUGGGUAGGCUAGUGCCAGGUGCCAUGCCAGAUACUUGCGUUUGCACCGGGAAGGCGUCCUUGCCACAACCUGCUGAUGAAGACAAUGAUGUCGGAGGCUGUGGCUCAACAAACGGCAGAGCUGGUGGGGGAGAAAUGGCAGCUAUGGAGAAGCAGCUGAAAGCAAAUAAUGCUGCCGAGGAGGCUGGACUGGAAACAGAGAUCACUAUCAGCCGAUCUGAUAAUACUCGCUCUAAUGGUCCAAAGUCCAGCAAAGAGUUACCAAAGAAUACACCUAACAUUAGUACGAAACAGAAAUUGGGCACUUGCGAAAGAUGUGGAUAUAUGUCCAGCCAGAGACUUUGCCAAGCUUGUAUGCUUUUGGAGGGCUUGAACAAGAAUCGCCCAGAAAUCAUUAUAUAGUGAUUGCGGCUGGCGUUUAAGCAUCAUAGGCAUGGCAUAUAGAACUAGAUAAUCUGGAUGAUACCCUUGGACUGCGAAGAGUUUACAAAGAAUCACUUGUCGUUCAUGACGUGUUCAAGGUAUUUAUUUGUAUAUGUCAUAUUUUUUACAGUAUG